AUGGAAUCCCAUCUUCCAACUCGCCACCAAUCCCGUAGUUCGAUGAUAUUCGAAUUCACCCUCGCCGUCUUGCAAUCUGUUGGAGCAGGAACAAAAGAAUACACCAUCGUGUAUGGCGUAUUAUUUUAUCUUCUCGUCGUCUGGCCGUUGGUGUCACCCCGCAUGAUCGUAUCACGUCUCAAGGACACUGUCGAUGACAUCCACACGCUCUUUGAUGAGCACCGCGAAGUCUUGAUUACAGAAGAGUUGAAACUGGCAGAAUUGCGAGCUGACGUAUUGACAGUUGCCAGAGAAAAUCUUGAAGCAUGGCAACGCGUUUCCGUUGCCAGCCCACGCUCUUUAUUGACGUACGCAUCCGAAACGAAGGAUACUUGGAAAAAGGCGCGCCACUAUCACAAGAACGCCGAUGAGUUGAAGACAAGGCUGCAGAAGAACACCAGCGACUCUUUGCCGAACGUCAAAGAACUUUUCGACACGAGCACGAAGGGUAAUUGUUCUACUAGUAUCCUGUUAUGUGAUGGUGAGCGAGCAGGUGGAUUUGUGGCCUAG